UGUUCAAGGACUUGCCAGUGACUAUCAUCAUCUUCACCUCUCGAAUUUCUACUGUUGUGCAUGUCCAACUUGAACGGGCUCCCUCUGCUCAGCGGUCCUCCACCAGCGCCUUCCACAAGUCGUGCGCAGAACGCCUGUAGGAAAUGCAACAAGGAAUUUAUCAUCAUAUUUACACGCUCAACCCGCUGUAACCAUUGUGGUUACUUAUAUUGUUCGAGCUGCGCAGACUACCAGGCGCUCAUGCCCCGCCAUGGCGCAGCAUCUGGCUAUGACCAAGUUCACGUUUGUGCAUUCUGUAUUGAGUUUCUCAACAUAACAGCUUUUAGUAGAAACCAGCUCAAAUCUCUGCCGCUCUCCGACCUUCGCCGCUAUGUCAACGCAUAUGAUAUCCCCGUCAAAGGCCCUAUCGAUAAGAAUGACCUCGUGGAUGCCAUAAUCGCUGUAAAGACACCAACAGGCACCCUUCCGCCCUCAAAUGAAUCUCACUACCGUGCCCAUGGUGUUCCAAAACAUCGUUCCUCGCGCCCUCGCGGACUCUUUAGCACCCGUCCUCCACCCCCAACUCACCACCAACAAACGUUUACACCACCGCCACACGACUUCCCCCGUCCUGACCUUGAUCCUGAGCCAGCACCAUACAGAACCUAUACCUCCAACACCACAAGACAGCGCCAGACACCCCCUACGCCGCCCCCGCCCCAGCCUUCUUCCCCUCAACCACAGCCACGAUUCAGGACGGCUUCGCAGCCACAAACACCGCCCCGAUCGGCGCCUCACUCCACUCCACGCCCUUCUCCAGCGUCUACUGCCAGCCCGCCCCCUACGCGCCCACCAACCGCACCUCGCUCGCCACCUCAGCCAUCCACGCCGCAGCCCCCUCCUCCACUCUCUGCUCUCCUGGCAAUGUCCUACUCGUCACUCUCGCGAUUGUCCAUUCACACGCUAAAGCAGAUACUGUACGAGGCACGUGUGCGUCUGCCCGCCGAUCUCCUUGAGAAAGAGCAACUCGUGGCGCGCGUCAGCGCCUGGUUGGAGGAGGAGAGAACAGCAGCGGAGGAAAGAGAUAUCAUGGAGAGAGAGGAGAGGGAACAAGAAGAGAGGGAAAGACGAGAGAGGCAAGAACAAGAAGAGAGAGAAAGAGAUGAGGCAGAAAGGUCAACCAUAGAGACAGAGCCAGCAGAGUCAGAAGACGCCCAUACGCACGGUUCUGCUGAGAAUGUUGAGAUACAUGGCGAGUCGCAGCACCAUCCUCCGCCGCCUUCCACCUCUCCAUCACCACCACUACCUAAGACGACGCUUGCAGAACGUUCAGGUUUGUGUGUGAUAUGCCAGGACCAGGAGGCAAAUAUUGCAAUCGUGGAUUGCGGACAUCUAGCUAUGUGUCGGGCCUGUUCAGAUUUAGUACUCGCCUCAUCUCGCGAGUGUCCACUCUGUCGCACUCGCAUCGUCACAGAAGCCCGACUUUUACGGAUAUUCAAGACAUAGACCUACUUUCAAAUUUGCAGAUCAAGAACUUCAACUUGCUAUCACUGUACAUUCUCGGAGGCUGCAGUUGUGUACCAUGCCCAAUCAUGGUGUGCUAGAUAUGUGGAUUUCAUACUGUAUUUUUUGUGCGUGCGUAAGAUAUAGCGAUAGGUACCAAGUGGAACUUGGGCUUGUCUCGGAUGUAACUAAUAAUCUA